AUGGAGCCAACCGAACGUCCCUUGAAGUAUGUCCGCGGGCUGUCGUACGGGUCGACUGAAGCGGAAGUUGGAGGGCGUAAAGGGCCGGAUAUGAGGUCCGAAGACGGAGACGAGCGGGAUUUCAGGGAGAGGACGUUCGAUUCGACCGAACCCGAGGUGGGGAAAGGUGCCUGGUCGAGGGAGGUGAAGGAGGAAUAUGAGGAUGAAGGUCUCGCGCCGGAAAACUGGCAGGAGCUCCAUGCGGCGAACGAGGCGGGGGAGGCGACAGCGGGAGGGGCCGAAGGGGAUGGGGACGCUGGGAGUGAGCAGUCCGGGGAAGCGCAGGGAUUUGGAGCAGGCAGGCUGGGUCGGGGAUGGCAGAUGGUGUGGAAGGACGCGAGGGGAAGGGUUUGCAGGGAGCCCGAGAAUUACGAAGACCUCGAAGAGAGGUUCAAGCCGGGUUACAUGGAAGAGGCGAUCCUGAAGUGGGUUCAGCCCGGCGAGACGGUAGAGGAAGCGGCAGCGAGGUGGGAGGUUGAGUGGCGGGUGUUGUGGGCGUGGAUCAAAGAGGAUCAUAGUAAGAACGUCGCGAGGGAUGCGGGAAUGACGCAGAACUGGGAGUGGCAGACUUAG